GGGGGGGGAUAAUAGAGCUCACAGAUGUGAGGAGAGACUGUGAUAGGGCUUUGGAUCUGGAAGAAGAAUGCCGGCAAUUGGAAAGCUUAAAUUUCUUGUCUAUUUACCUAUUUACAUUUUUGUAAUACUUCCCUCACUUUUGAGUGCAAGCAAUGAAGAGGAUACAGUAGUAGAAAUAAAGCAAGGGAAAGUCAGAGGAUUUCAUCUACCAACACUCUCUGGAUCAGUUAUAGCUUAUCUGGGCAUACCUUAUGGUGAAGCUCCAACUGAAACACAAAGAUUUAAAAAGCCAGAACCACGAAAACCUUGGCGCAGCAUUUAUAAUGCUACUAAAUAUGGAAAAUCCUGUUACCAAUGGAAGGAUAAGGCCUUUGCUAGUUUUGCAGGUGCAAAUAUGUGGCAAGUAAACAAUGAAAUGAGUGAAGACUGCCUCCAUCUAAAUGUUUGGGUUCCAUCAUCCAAGCCAAAAUCGGCUCAAGUCAUGGUCUUCAUCUACGGUGGGGCAUUUCUUGCUGGCACAUCUUCCUUGGAAAUAUAUGACCCAAGCAUUCUGACUUUUUCUGAGAACAUAAUCUUAGUGUCGAUGAACUAUAGAGUUGGGGCCUUUGGAUUUUUGGCAUUACCAGCAAACAAGGAUAUUCCAGGAAAUGCUGGCUUGUUUGACCAACAGUUGGCUCUUAAAUGGGUUCAUGAGAACAUUGCUGCUUUCGGUGGAGAUCCCAACAGUGUUACUCUCUUUGGACACAGUUCUGGAGCUGCAUGUGUAGGCUUUCAUUUACUUUCUCCUGGAAGUCAAAAAUAUGUCAAACGAGUCAUUUUACAAAGUGGCUCUGUUAGUGCAGCAUGGGCAAUAAAUACUCAUAAAAGGGCAAAGAGGUUAACUUUGAAACUGGCAGACCUCCUAGGAUGUCCUAUUAAUGAUGACAGUGCAAUGGUAGAUUGUCUUAAAAAGAUGGAUGCUACAAAGAUAGUUGACAAACAGUUAUAUGUUGAAACCAUACACCCCUUUGCUCUUACUCGCAUAACACCCAUUGUUGACUAUGACUUUAUUAGUGAUACACCAUCUAAUGCUAUAAAAGAGGGUUUAAAAAAAACAGAGGUUUUAAUAGGUGGGACUAAGGAUGAUGGAAAUCCUUUUGUAAUAUCGGUUGCUCCUGGCUUUAGCAUGGCACAUGACAGCCUUAUAACUACAGAAUAUUUUGCCAAGGGAAUUGAACGAAUUUUUCCAACAGUUGGAGAUCUUGGAACAGAAUUAAUUUUAUUCGAAUAUAAAGACUGGGAAAAUAAAGACAGUAAAGAAAAGAACAGAGACGCCAUGGGGCUAAUUGUACGAGAUUAUUAUAUGAUUUGCCCAAUGAAGCAUUUUGCACAGGAAGUAUUAAAACACAAACUCAACAUAUAUUUCUAUGAGUUUGGUCAUCGAUCUUCGCAAGAGGUCUGGCCGGAAUGGAUGGGAGUCUCCCAUGGGGCCAUAUUGCCAUUUAUGUUUGGGAAAGCGCUUAUCCAAGAAAGAAAUUUCACUGAAGCGGAACAAAAUCUUAGCAAGCGAGUUAUGAAAGUGUGGGCCAACUUUGCAAGAAAUGGAACACCUCAUAAUGCUGAAGACAACUUCACCUGGCCUCUUUACACCAAUGAAGAUGAAACAUACACAGUCCUAAAGACCGGUUCCUGGGAAGUUAAAAAUAAUCUUUAUUCUAAACGUUGUCGGUUCAUGAAUUCUGUCCUUCCAAAACUUGCCAGACAACUAGGGGAAACUUUUGAUGGAAAUUUGUGGAGUGAGUCAGUAAAAUCAGAUAACAGUUGCUAUAAGGAUGAGAUUUCAGAGAAGUGUCAUGCCAGUCAACAUUGGAUUGAAAAGUCUUCAUUAAACCUGACCCAACUUGGCAGCUAGACGGUUAACAAUUUAAUGUGACCUGAUAUUGAUUUGUUCUGUUCCCCCUGGAAUGGCUGUGGAUCCCCCCCCCCCCCUGAUUAAUACUCUAUUUUACUGGGCAAGAUGUGUGACUUCCCUCCCUCCCCUCUCUCUCUCUUCCCCUUUCCUUACCCUUGCAGCCGAACUUUAGGACUGUUUACUCUGUGCACAACCUGUUUGUUUCUAUACGACUGUUAUUGACUGUCUUGAUGCUCUGAUUUGUAACACCUGUACUGCAUAAGCUUGUAAUCGUUUGAUUGUAUCAAUAAAUAUUCCUUCUGUUAAAAAAAAAAAAAAAAAAAUCCUGACCCAACUUCCCCUUUUUUUUCCCCUUCCCCCCCCCUUUUCCUCUACUCAUUGUCAUGGUUAAAGGAGAAUUACAGGUAUAGAUAUUUUAUAAAUGGGACAAAAUAUAUAUGCCUUGUCUAGCUUGGGCCAAUGUAACUAUGCAUAUACCAUACCUGACUGAUGCACCUAGAAUCUGGAAAUCACUGAAGUAGAGACUGGUAGUCCAAUGAUUUCCACCAGCUUCUAAGUCCCAAUCCGAGUGGCUGCCCUACUGCAUUCUGAACAACGGGAUCAGCUGCUUGGUACAGACCCAUUCAGGGAAUGCUUUGCAUUUUCCUGAUUUGAACGAGAAGGAUGAGGUGGACAUGGGUGGUGAUGAUUUUAACGUUCUCUACCUCAUCCAACCAGAGAAUGGUUUGCAGUGAUUGCCGGCUUCCAUUGGUUCAAGCUAGAAUAAUGUAAAUAUGUAAUAAAAUAUCCAUACCUGGAAUUCUUCUUUAAGGCUUGAGGGAUGUUCCCUGGGUAGAGACCUCCCCCAAUACAACACUCAAAUUUUGAUAAGAGAUUUCAAAUGACCCACUGAGGAUAUAUCUAUAGUGCACAGAGCCCCCUCUGAAAGGAAUGCUCAUCAUUGGUAUUGCAACUGGCGUUACAGUAUGGUCAUAUGGGCAAUUUGAUGUACCCAUAUUUGUACUCUCUUAUUGCUCCCUAUUUUAAGAUGUGUACGCUUGUAUAUCAAAGUCUGUUGUACUCGGAUUGCAUAACACUUGUUGAAUAAAGAUUUACUGAAACGGAAAGAAUUUAAUUAAAUUGUUAAGCGUUCAUUAUAA